CUGACUCCUCCACACUGAGACCUUCUGCCUGUUGCACACUCUGUGUUCGCGUCUCGCUGGAAGCAUGGCUGCCAUCAAGGCUCUGGAGCAGUGGUGUAAGCUGCAGUGUGACGGCUACCGAGACGUGGCCAUCUCCAACAUGACCACUUCUUUCAGGAACGGACUGGCUUUUUGCGCGCUUAUACACAAAUACAGACCGGAUCUGAUAGACUAUGACUCACUCCGCAAAGAGGAUGUGUUUGAGAACAACAGACUGGCUUUUCAGGUCGCAGAGGAGAAGUUGGGGAUCCCAGCUUUGUUAGAUGCAGAAGACAUGGUGGCUUUAAGGAUCCCAGACAGGCUGAGCAUCCUCACCUACGUCUCCCAGUACUAUAACUACUUCAAAGGACGGCCUCCCAUGGGAGGUGUAAAAAGGCCAGCAGAGGGCUCCAAGGAGGAGCCAUCAGAGAAGAAAAAUCUCCCAGUGGUUGCCAAAAGCUUUGUGUCUAAAAGCGCCAUUGAGAAUUGUUUACCUUCCACUCUCAAAGCGAAGACCUCACCCAAGCCGGCCAGAGCUGCUGCUCAGAAGGUGGUUUUGUCGGAGAACACCAACAAAACCGGGACUCUCAAUAGCAAAUGUGUUGCAUGCAAGAGCCACGUUCAUCUGGUUCAGAGGCACUUUGUGGAGGGCAAGCUCUAUCACAGAAGCUGUUUCAAAUGCAGCGAGUGCUCCAGUGUGCUUCAUGCAGGAAGCUACAAACCUGGGAAGAAUCCAGACACUUUUAUCUGUAACGCCCACCAGACCAACAUCAAGCCUCCCUCCUCUGAGGCCAAAAACGGACCCGCCAGUUCAGCUGUACGACCGCGCAGUGCCAGCCAGACCCAGCCUGCACCGCGCCCCUCAUCGGUGCUGUCAGCGCCACUCGAUGCUGUUCUGAAGCCAAUCAGUCCCCUUCCUCCGCCUUCCCAGGCCUGGACGGCCUCGGCCCAGAAGACGCAGGUGGCCCGGCAGAAGUUUUUCCAGUCUGCGUCGCAAGUUACAGAAACCUCAGCCGGCAACAGGAAGGAACCUUUAAGUGUUUUAGGAAGGUCAAAGGUCGCAGUGAGUCCCGAUGAUGAGAAGAGCCAAGCCGGGGUGAAGACUGGAAAGAAACUGGCGGAGGAAAACUGCAACAAUAACAACAAACGCCCAUUCACCGUCCGAUCGGCGGAGAGACGGUUUGGUGAUGAGCCAAGUUCAGCUGGUCUGAGAAAGGAUAAAUGCAGCCAAGGCCCAGCAGGAAACUGGGGAGGACAGCCCUCCACCAGCCAGACAAACAAUAAGGAAUCGCCAUGUCUAAAGGCCAUCAACAAAGACAACACAAGGCCAACAACUGUACACAAAACCGCCAAAGAUCCCGUCUACCACGAGUGGCAAACGCAGCUCAAACCUGUACUAAAUUCCAGAGAUGAUAAACCUGAAGCCUUUACUGAGCAACACACACCUGGAUUCAUGUCCACGACGUCCUCUGAUGUCUCCGUCAGUACAACAAGGCCUCCCUUGUCUCCAACACCUGCAGUGCCUUCAGUUGCUCUGUUUGAUGCUAAAUGCUUUACAGAAGUCGGUCCCCAGAGAGCUCCGCCUGGCUCCGGAAGCCGAGGUUUUAAACAUGGGAGUCGCUCGCCUGUGAAAUCCCCACCCAGACCGCCAGCUGUGGAAUCUAUUAGCUCUUCGACGACUGCUCCUGCCAAUUACGGAAAUCCAUCAGCUGCUAAAAAGGGAAAGUAUUUGUCACCCACCAACGCCUCCAGGACCGAAAUGAGGUCACCCUCUGUGAAGUCUUAUCACAUUCCGGCGGAGCAGAUCGAGAGGGAGCUGAAUGAUAUUGAGACAAACUUGGCUCACUUGGAGAAGGAGGGCGUGGAGCUGGAGAAGAAGCUGCGCAGCUGUGAGGAAGAGGGCGAGGCGGACAUACUGAUGGACCCACUGAUGGUUGACUGGUUUAACCUCAUUCGAAAGAAGCAGAUGUAUGUUAGGAAGGAAUCUGAGCUUGUUUACAUAGCCAGGACUCAGGAGCUGGAGCAGCAGCAGCCAGGUGUGGAGGGGGAACUUCGCAGGCUGCUGGAGAAGCCAGAUCAUUUAAAGUCCAGAGAGGAGCAACAGCGGGAGAAGAAGCUGAUGCAGAGACUGAUGGAGAUUGUGGACGGCAGGAAUGCGAUUGUGGAGGGUCUGGAUGACGAUAGGCUGAGGGAAGUUGAAGAGGACCUGCAGUUGAAUAAAAUGAUGCAGAAUCUCGGAGUGAAGAAAUCCAAAAAUAAGAGGAAAACCUCCAUCUCAAAACUGUUCAGGCGAAGAAGUAAAAGACGAGUUGAAUGAUCCUCAAGGGAUUUUUUUUUUUUUUCUAACUAAAUUGUCCUCAUUUUUAUUGUAUUAAUAUUCACUUUAAACAUUUAGGGUUUUUAUAUUUGACUACUACAGUAUUUCUGCAGUUUGCUGAUGAGAAGGCAAAGGAGGAGAAGUCAAAUUAGGAAGAAUAAUGGAUCAAAUCAUUUAUUGCUGCAAAUUCAAAUCUAAAUCUUGAUGGUAUUUUUGAUCAAAGAGUCACUUUUUGUUCUUGGUUUGUUGUUACUUAAAUGGAGUGUGUAAUUUCUUUAUCAGUUAUGAGUCUUUUUUUCUUAGUUUUACCGUUUAAAAAAGCUCAGUUAUAUGGCAAAUGCUGUGUAAACAUUUUCCUUACAUUGCCACACUGCAGUCCAAAGAAACCCCGUUAUUACUGAUCCCCCUCUUACGUACAGAUAGUAUAUGUUUAUGUAGUGAUCAGAAUGAGGCAUCAUAGUCAUAAUUUUAGCGAUACAAAAUGCUAAGUGGAUGCCAGGUUUGAAUAAUCAUCUAUCAUGAUGUUUAAAUCACAGAAAGGACACUGUGGCUGCUCCACGUGCAAAAUAGGAAUGAGGAGUCUAAAGCGUGUAAUCCCUCAACAGUCUUGAUCCAAAAUGAAAUUAUUUCAGUAUUUAUUUAAUAAUGGAUUUUAACAAAUUUCCUGCAAGGAUAUUAGUAGAGAGCCUUGACAAUUAGGUUGGAAUGGCUGUGGAGUGUAAAAUGGAGAGCCACACAUGUUGCAGACUGUAGUUCCUCUCUCCCACUGUACUGUAGGUGGCAGCCUGGGUAUGCUGUAUCACCAGGCGAGAACUUGGAAAUCCAAUUUGCCACAGUACAGACAGUUAAUUUCUUUGCUAAUUUUAUAAAUGGUGCAAAAAUGUUCGGCUUUGCUGAUGCAAUAAUGUUAUGUGAAAGAGGAUUAGGUAGAGCAGUAGCUUAUGGAUGGGGAAGGCUUAUAAACUAUAGGUUGUAUUGAGCUCUUUAUCUUCAAACCUGGUUUAAUUAAACAUUACUCUUUACUAAUAUCUGCAUCAGAAUUGCUCCCCACCUGAGCUAUUAAAAAUGUUUCGAAUGACGCGCGGAGCCGCUCAUCUGUGGAAAUGGCAUUGGCGGUGUUUGCGAGGACUGUGAUGUUGCAUCUUAGAAGGUGUUUAAUGGUAUGUGCUUGUUCGCUAUUUAUAGUAUUUUAAAACUUGAAAUCAGUUGUCCAAUAAAUCCUUUGAAGAUUAGAGUGUAUGAGAGGGUGAAUUACUUCCUUAAUAACAGCUUCCUUUGGCACACAUCUCUCUAUUUAACCAGAUCCCUUCACUUUUUUUUUUUUUUUUUUAUCACUCCACUUCCCAUGUUACAAGCUUCACCAAUGACUAUUGAUUCAACAAACUCAGACAUGGCUUUCAGUGAGAAGCCAACAACGCUCCUUUGCAUUAACAGCGAUCACAGCCCUGCAUCAAUGUUUAAUAAAGCUCCUUUUUUUAAAGACGGCAUCACGAUAGCUCGCUGGCGUCAAUAUAUUUCGCAGCUACUUACAAAAACUACACAUCUCUCAUUUUGAGAUGCAUGAAAUCGUGAUCAUGAACUUGGAACACAAUCUUUCUAGCUGAGCAGAGUUGGAGAUGAUAUUGGUACAAAAUGCCACGCGUGAUGUGGGUGACAGUCGAGACUGAAUGUGUGAUAUUAGAGUUAAUUAAAGCUUUGCGCCCCAUCUACUGCAAAUGCUUGCACUUCUGCAAUUAAGAAUCAAAGGCGAGGGCUUAGUGUCAGGGGGGUGUCUAAUACAUGGUUUUAACAGGAAUGGGACCUGAUUUGCCAAGCUCCUAGCGACAAGCAUUAACAACAGCCUCAAAUUAGAGGGACAUUAAUAUUCAUAAGUAAAACAAUUCAUCCUGUGAAUGUGUGAUGAAAUGGAAUCCUCUGAGGUGAGCUCUUGUGUCCAGGCUGCCAUCGUUCAUUAAAAUAUGCCAUUACCCAUGAAGUGCUUAAUCUUUAUGAAAGGGUGGUAAAAUCAGUUUGAACUGCUCUGACAGAAAAAGGUGGUAAUUGUAAUAUUGUUCGGCACCUUACAUUAUGUUAAUCCUGUACAUUUUUUUUUUUAAAUAUAUAAAACGUGAUGGUGUCAAACACUAUAGGUUUCUGUGUGUCUCGCCGGAGUUGGGGAAAAAAAAUGUACAACUGUCUUUGCUUAUGCACGCUGAAAUUAGCCUGUUAUUCUAUUAAUACGGCAUGAGUGCUUUGUGAUGUUUUAGGUUAGCUGCCUUUUGCAACACAAUCUAAAUUCUGCGCGAGUGUGUGUGUGUGUUUCGUCUUAUUCCGCUCCCUGCCAGAGUCUCUGCCACUAGCCUGUAAUUAUGAUCCUCGAGGUAAUUUUAUCAGGCUCAUUAGCUCUGAUGAGUAAACGAGAAGCGUGCCUCUAAUUUAUUGGCCAUCCAGGCUGGAGACUUAAUUCUCAUCAGAGAGAUCAUAAUAUUUGUAUAGAGAGAAAGAUAUACAGUACACAUAUAUGUAUUUACAAGGCUCCUAAACCCACGACGAGGCCAAGACUUUGUGACUUCAAAUCAGUAAUUACGCUCAUAACAGAAAGUCUGAUUGGAUAAUUGGCCAUGUGCUGAAAUUAUUUCCACAGAUGUCAUUGUGAUGAGCAGAGGCGCACGACAUUGUCUCUUUUUGAUUCAGGCAUGAUUUCAAAUGAAAGCCAUUGUUUGCAUUCUAGCGAGUCUUGUGAGUUUAUCUUCCUGCACAAAAUUAGAUUCUCACACCUCUGCAAACAAAAUUGCAUUGUUUUGUUCCCUGUUCAAUAGAGAUUAUCCAUUUUCUGUGUCAGAGAAUGUGUUAAGGGAGCGGUGUAAAUAUGCUCACAAUUUUCAGUGUGUAGAAAUUUGCAUUGAGGGGAAAUUAUGCAUGCUGGCUAGUGGAAAUGAAAUGUAUAAAGUGCAUGACUGGUAGACUUGACAAGUGCAGCUUUCAUCCAUCUCAAAUGAAUAAUUUUCACUUCCCUUAAACAUCCUUAAUCCAACCAUGUUAUCAGCGGGCAUGCAGGAUUCUGCCAGACUUUCUCCUUAACGGCACAGCAACUUUCAACUUGCCAGAGAUUCUGCACUGCAGUUGCUUACCACAUGGUCUUAGGGACUCACUCUUAUCCUUUCCUGCUGGUUUUGUGGAUCAGUAAAAUUCCUUCAAAACACAAUAUAUACAUAACGCAAGUCUUAAUAGAUAGCAGAAUGUCUCACUCUACCCUCCUCUGUGCUGCCUCAGAGGUCGACUUAAUGCACUGUAUUUUACCUCUGAUUCACAUUGGCAGAGAACUCAGAGGAUGGUGUCUAAAAAAACCUAUUUGCUCAGUGGCCCUUUGUCCUCUAUUUCAAAUUUCAGUGACAGACCCUUCCAUGCUCAUAUAAUGUGGUUUGGAAAUUCCUAUGGCCGUAAAGGGAUAGAGGAGGAUAUUCAUGGUAAAUUACUCAUUUACAGCCCAGCAUUCAGCGUUUGUGACUUGUUAUUUUUAGGGACAUUUGCUUGUCUUCUUUGCUGAAAUACAUACUUAUGAUGAUACUGUAUUGUGGGAAAUAACCCCCCCCCCUCUGCAUCCCAAUCCCUUUUUAAUUUAUGUAUUCUUAACGUGUUCUUCUAAAUGCUACUGACAAUAAACAAUGAAAUGUGUAA